AUGAUAGCGAAGCCAGCUUUAGGAGGCCACGAUGGCAAGACUCCUGAGACGCCCACGUCGCCGGUGGACAGUCAUGCCGAGAGCGUUCGUGACGGGACAGUCAUCAUCUCGGAGGAUGGCGACAUAGUUCUACACAUCCAGCACGAAAGCGCAGCCUCAACCAGGACAGCCCUCUUCAAAGUCCGCUCAUCAGUACUGAAACAGCAUUCGCGAUACUUUACAGGUCUCUUGGAAGGUCGAUUCGGCGAGGCCGAGCGUAUUGCCAAAGAACUGAGCCAGUUGCGAUUACGCUACAGGUCACCGACCGAUGCGCCUUCGAACGAACUUCCCACCAUCAGCAUCAGCGACGUAGGACGCAUAUCAUCCGUGAAAUCCAUCGAACCACUGUGUACCGACUUCUUCGCCAUUCUGCAUGGAAAUGACACACAAGGCCUACCACCCGUCGCCAACCUUGCCAAUCUUGCCAUUGUCGCAGAUCGUUUCGAUGCACUGGAUUGCGUGGCAGCCUACGUACGGCGUAGGAGGCUCAUCCGAGCUAUCGAUGGCAAGAUGAACCCGAAGACAGACGGCGCUUUGUCGGAAGAGAAAGUCAGACAGCGAGUCUUGGUCGGAGCUCUGCUGGAUCACGGCGCGUGGCUGGAGAGGUACAGCAUGCGCAUGAUUUACAAAGGCUGGGUUGGUAGAGACGACAUUGAAGAGACUGCGGCAAUGUGGUGGAGUCUGCCUCUGCGACUUGAAGAUGAGAUUGCAAUACGGCGUGACUACAUAAUGGAGACCAUGCAGUCACUGCAAGCACACUUCGUGGGCCUGUACACUUCCCGAGAGCGCCAGUGCAAGCUCGGAUAUGACUCCUCGGCGCAGUGCGACUCGUUCCAGCUGGGCGAGAUGAUACGCUUUCUAUCGCGUAUUGGAACGUUACAGGUCCAAGGUCUUGUCUUUGACAGCGCUGAUCCACCUGCUCCGUUCGCUGGUGAUCUACAUGUCCUGCUCGACUCCCUGAGACAGGUGCCUGAAUACCAGAUCGACAGGAAUCACUCGCACUGCGGCAUCAGAACCAGACUGAUACCUUUGCUGGAUCUCAUAGCAGAUAGCCUGCAACAUGUGGGUAUCUGCUCGGAAUGCUGGUCUCAGGAUCGUGUUAACUACUCGUGGAUCGACGCGAAGCGACCUCUACUGUGGAAGAGAGAAACGCAUCAACACCGGGGUCGAGGUCACAAAGACGCACAUGCUGUGGUUAGAGAACUGUUCACGGCAUCUGAGAGGCAUUGGAGCUCGUAG